GGUACAAAUGCAAGGAGCCGUCGGCGUGCGCAAGUGUCAUACUGAAAGCAAAACAUCGCCUGCGUCGGUGUGGGGCCUGCUGACACCGGAACUGAUACAGACGAUCGCAUCAUACCUGCAUAACAAUGAUGUCGUAGAGAACCUCAAGUUAGCCAACAAGGAGACCGCAGCCGCCCUAAAGGCCCGCCAUGUGCUCCAGCUCGCUCGCAAGGCUGAGCUCUGGCCGCGCGACCAGCUCCCGCCGCGCGCUGAGAGUCCCUGGCCAUGUGUGUCUUUUGUGGAGCACUGCCGGCGCGCGGGGGCCUGGCGUGGGCUCUCGCUCCACCAGCGGCGCCGCCUGCAUACACCACUCAGCCCUGGACGCGGCCGUGGCCGUGGGCGACGUGUCCGCGUGCGAGGCGCUGCUGGGGGCCGGGGCAGGCUGGGAUGGGUACGCGGCGGAGCUGGCGGCGGAGGGCGGCCACCUGCCGGUGCUGCAGCUGCUGCAGCGGCGCGGCAUGCCCCUGAGCAUGCUGUGCGAUGCUGCUUGCGUGCUACGCGCAGCCUGCCGCGGCGGCCACGCGCAUGUGGUGGAGUGGCUUGAGACGCGCAAGGGCGCAGGCUUCAUGACAGCCGAGGAGAUGCAGAGCGCCGACGGCGGCAGCAGAAGCGAGUUGGCGCAGCAGCUGGCGCACCGGGGGCGGUUGUCGGAGGAGGCAAGCCGGCUGAGUUGUAUGGCAGCGGCCGCGGCGAAGCAUGGGCACACCGAGCUCUUUGAGAGCAUCGUGACCCGCUUGGAGCAGGCGAGCAAGCCAGCAACAUGGGCGGCACAGCUGCUGGCUGCCGUGGCCGCCGGCUGUAGCCUGGAGCUGCUGCAGCACUGCUACAGCCGCUGGGUGGGCGAGGGACCGGGCCAGCUGUCGCUCCCGGACAGCCCGCCCGCAGAAGAGGCCCCGCGCCUAACUGACGCCAAGCGUAAGCUACUGGGGCGGGCCGGCGGCAGCGCCACGCCGGACGCCCUUGCCAAGUUCGACUGGCUGCUAGAGCAGUGGCCGUCAAUGCGCGCGUCGCUCCUGCAGCAGGAGCGCCCGCCGCCGAAUGGCAUCGGUUGGGGUGUUUGGAGGCCGUUGCAGCGGUCGGAGGGCGACGGCUGGACCCGGCGGCUGCGGGAGCUGUCGGCGCGCGGCUGCGGUUUUAGCAUGCGUGACGCCACUUACGCUGUAAAGGCCGACGACGUGGAGGCGGUGUCUUACCUGCUGCCCUACAUCACAGACACGGACAUGUUGAGCUAUAUGCGAUUUCAGGCGGCAAAUUGCAGUCACCUGGCGGUGCUGCAGCUGCUGCAGAAGCGCCAGAAGUUCUGCUCCAAAUUGGUGCAACAGGUGCUGUUUCACGCCGCCGACGAGAACACAGGCAUACGCGCAGCCGCUGACGCGCUCAUUUGUUGGUGGUGUGAGGAGGCUGACGAUGAGACAUCCGGGUUACGCCCUCAACACUGGCGAGUGGCGUUUAGUAAUACGGCGUCAAGCGGUGUGGCGGGUCUGCAGACGCUGCAAGCGCUGCAUCGGCGUGGCGGCAGCGAAGCGAGCUGCGACUUGAAGGAGCUCGCCACGGGCGGUUGCGAGGAGCAAAUGGAAUGGGGUGCGGCGCUGCUGGCGGAAGCUGGACAGCCUUUGCCGACCUUCUCGGCACAGGAGGUGUGGGACAUUGCUGCAAAGCACGGCAACUACGCAGGACUCGACUGGCUGCGCGCCCGCGGCCUUAUCCCACACCUGCCUAGCCCCCAGUGGGUGGCUGGCCAGCACAUGUGUGCCGAGGGCUUCUUCAACGGGCUCAGCUACUGGCUGCGCGCCACUGCGGCAGACGUGCAGGCAGCAGCAGCGGCAGAAGGUGCGGCGGCAGAGGCGGCAGCAGCGGGGCAGCAGCAUGGGUCUGGGUCUUGGUCCGCAAGUGCCGGCGUCAGCAGCCCUGAAUCCGAUAGCACUGCCGCGAUGGCGGCGGCUGCGCGGCGGCUGCCAGCCUCCUUUCGCAAACGCGUGCUGGGCGAGGUUGCGCGGCCGCACGGCGAGAUGCUGGCCCUUCCGCGGCCGCAGCUCGAGCGGAUAGCGCGCCUGCUUGAGGGUCCAGCAGAGGCCCAGCCGCGGGUGCAUCGACAGGGCAACAUGAAGCAGGAGCUCCUGAAGGGACAUAGCACUGGAACAGGCAGGGCGGCGGUGGCUGUGCGUUCUGGUGGGGUCAAGAAGGGCGCUGGUGCGCGUGGCGGCGGCGGGGGCAAGAUUGGCAGCUUCAAGAGCAGGGGAAUGGGAGCAGCUGGCAAGAAAUGAACAUGCGACUAGGGUGCAGUUUGGCGUGUGACAUGAGUGUCGUGGUAAAAGAAAUUGGUGAACAGUGUGAUUGAGAGGUGAUGUGGUCAUCCUUGGCUACGUCAGUGUACACUUCAACCAUCAGGGUCUCAUUAAAAGUGCAGAAGGCCUUGUUGUCGAAGAAUGCAUCACCCAUCACUGAGUUUACGGGUUCCCCCACGUCAGUCAUAAACUGUUCGUAUACCCCCAGCACCAUUGGCAUGCGCACAUCCCUCAGCGGGUAUGCAAAUGCCAUGCACAAGAUAUCUACGGCCAGGAAGCACCUGUACACGGCGCAUUGCCCUUCGUGUACCGUGGGUUUGCGUUAGGGGCGCUGCUUUUCGGGAGUGUGCUGUCCCGCCGGCCGUGUGUGGGGCGUGCGGUGCGUGAUCGCCGGCUUCUCGGCCGUCUUGUGGGUUGUGUGUGCGCGUGUGAGUGCCUGUUUGCGGCGGGCGCGUGUUGGCUGCGUGGGCGGGCUCCUUGGCGGGCUUUUCGUCCUGGCUGUGUUUUGCCCUGUGUGUGUGCGCGUGUCCCCUCUCCGCGCUCCCGUGCCGCAGGGCUGAUGAUUUUAA